GCUCUUAUCAAAGCGAUCCCCGAGAAAACAAGGCAAUAAGACAAAUCAAAAUAAAAGCUGCGGCAGAUGCGCAUUUAAAGCCUAACAAGUGCUUACAUAAUUGAAUCAGCAGCUCUCGCGUGCCAUGAAUUUCGCCGGCAAAGUUGUGCUAAUAACAGGCGCUAGUUCCGGCAUAGGAGCCGCCACAGCUGUCAAAUUCGCCAAAUACGGCGCUUGCCUGGCGCUCAACGGACGCAAUGUGGAGAAUCUGAAGCAGGUGGCCGAGCAGUGUAAAGCAGCUGGUGCCGCACCAGCUCUGGUUGUGGGCGACAUCAGCAAGGAGGCGGACACGGCGCGUGUGUGGAGCGAAACGCUGCAGCAAUACGGCAAACUGGAUGUGCUGGUCAACAAUGCGGGCAUCAUUGAGACGGGCAGCAUUGAGAACACCAGCCUGGAGCAAUACGAUCGCGUGAUGAACACCAAUCUGCGUGCCAUCUAUCAUUUGACCAUGCUUGCCACUCCGGAGCUGGUCAAGACCAAGGGCAACAUUGUCAAUGUGUCCAGCGUGAACGGCAUACGCUCAUUUCCCGGCGUGCUGGCCUACAACAUUUCGAAAAUGGGCGUGGAUCAGUUUACGCGCUGCGUGGCCCUCGAGUUGGCGGCCAAGGGCGUGCGUGCAAAUUGCGUUAAUCCCGGCGUUACGGUUACGAAUCUACACAAGCGCGGCGGCAUGGACGAGGCAACAUAUCAGAAGUUCCUGGAGCACUCGAAAACCACACAUGCCUUAGGCCGACCCGGCACCACAGAGGAGGUGGCCAAUGCCAUUACGUUUCUGGCCAGCGAUUUGGCCAGCUUCACCACGGGCCUCAGCCUGGCUGUGGACGGCGGCCGCCAUGCCAUGUGCCCGCGUUAACCACAACCAAGCCUGACCAAAGAUAACUAAAUGCAUUUAUUUUGUGCCUUUUGAAAUAAAGAUUGUGUUAUAUAUAGGAAA